GACUGACGCACUGAUCACGGUUACAUUCACGCCGAGGAUCUUCACAUGACCUGGAUGCAACAUUGAUCACAGAUAUUCACUUUUUUUUUUGCCUGUUUUCUCUCAGUUUCCUCCUUCCUCAUCGCCUCCGACAAUUAGCGAAGAAGAAGCAAAGAGGCACAGCGAGGUGAAGGGGAGAAAAGCGCAGCGCGAAACGAAUCUCCCUUCCUGCCAAGUGCUGCUCGCUCACCUUAUUUCUUUCUAUUCCGUGUCAUACUGCUGCUAUUAUUCACUUUAAUUUUUACUGUUAUCUGUGGUCUGGGGCUCUCGGACCGCCGGCACCCAGCAGCGAUGCCCGAGACGGCGCAGGAGACCUGUACUGGGGCUAAAGACUCUCCUUUCUUCAUCAAGAACCUGCUCAACUGUGAGAGCAAGCCGUCGAGACCCAAAGCGCUGCUCAGCUCGCCCAAAGCCACCUUGGACUCGGGCUUCUCCGUCGCUCAGGUCGGGGACUUGGGCUUCCCCCGGUUCGAGCUGCCCACCCAAAGGUUCACGCUGCCGGCCCACUAUCUGGAGAGAGCGUCGGCGUGGUGGUACCCGUACACCCUGAGCUCCUCAGCCCACCACCUGCACCGGGCAGAAGCUGUGGAGAAGGCGGCGGCGAGGGAUUCCUCUCCGGCGUCGGGGACCGACCGGGACUCGCCCGACCUGGGGCUCAAAUCGGAGCCCGACGCCAAGGAGGACGAGGAGAACAAGAGCGCCGACGAGAUCGUGCUGGAGGAGAGCGACUCGGAGGAGGCCAAGAAGGAGGAGGGCGGCCUGGACGACUGGAAGAAGCGGGACGAGAGUCCGGACAAGAAGCCGUGCAGGAAGAAGAAGACGCGCACGGUGUUCUCGCGCAGCCAGGUGUUCCAGCUCGAGUCCACGUUCGACAUGAAGCGCUACCUGAGCAGCUCGGAGCGCGCGGGACUGGCCGCCUCGCUGCACCUCACCGAGACCCAGGUCAAGAUCUGGUUCCAGAAUCGCAGGAACAAGUGGAAGCGGCAGUUGGCCGCCGAGCUCGAGGCCGCCAACCUGAGCCACGCGGCGGCGCAGCGCGUGGUGCGCGUGCCCAUUCUGUACCACGAGGGCACGGCGUCGGACGCGUCGGGCGCUUCUGCGGGGAACGCGCCUGUGAGCCAACCGCUGCUCACGUUCCCGCACCCGGUGUACUACUCGCACCCCAUAGUGAGCUCCGUGCCGCUGCUGCGGCCUGUGUGAGCGCCGC